GUCCGACGGCGCAGCCACGGUGACAUCGCCCGCGGCGAAGCGCGCCCGCGACCCGUCCGCGCCCGCGUUCCCCACGAACAAGGAAGUCCCCGACAUGCCCCCCAAGACCCGUAUCUUCUGCGAUAUCCUGGCCUCCCGCGCCGCUUUCUUUCGCUGGGCGGGACACCGGCACCUCGGCCACGAGCACUCGCCCUACUCGUGGAACCUCUUCGUUGACAUCCUCGGUAAAAAUCGCCUCUUCGAGCCCAUGUGGGACACUGUCAAAUCCAUGCACUCGCAGCAGCUGCUCUCGCUCGCCACUUUCGCCUCCGUAUUCUCCUCUCUGGCGGCGACCCCCGGCGGUUCCCCGCUGAAGGCGUUCAUGGACAUGCCGCGCUACGGCAUGACCCGCGACACGGCAGCGCUCAACUCGCUGCUCUCCGCGCUCUGCCGUGCCAACCGCUUCGACGACGCCCGCGCCGCGAUCCCUGUAGCCGCGCUGAGGCUGGCACGCGCCCGGAUGCCGACUCCUACGCCAUCCUCCUCGAGGGCUGCGAGUCUGCCUCCGACCUGCGGGUUGCGCGCGAGGUGUUCGACGAAAUGGUGCGCGCCAUUGGCUUUGAUCCUGACAACAUGCCUGCCUAUGACUCCUUCCUCACUACGCUGGUUUCAAGCGACUCCUCCACGGCGCCACCAGAAGCAAUGGGGUACCUAAAUGAGGCACCGAGAGGCAGCGCCAAUAUUUAGCAAGAUGGUCAAGAAUGAAUGUUGGCCAAAUGAGGGAAAUUGUUCGCUUGCACUUCAAAUGUUUUUGGAUACACACUAUUGGGAGACUGGGAUCAAUGUCUGGAGCUGCAUGGUGGAGAAUGGCUUGCCACCUUUAGAGGAGUGUGGGAACAUGCUUGUAUCAAAGCUGAAGGAUGACAGGCUACCUGAGGCAUGCAAAUAUGCAGAAGACAUGAUUGAUCGGGGUAUCAAGUUGAGUUCAUCCACACUGUCCAAGCUGAAGCAGUGCCUGCAUAAGAUUAAGAAAGGAGAGAUCCAUGAUCACCUACUUAAAAAAUGGAAGGCACAUUAGUUUGUUGAGCUCUGGAUAGCCUGAAUAAAGACAGGUGGGAUCUUACUGCCAGUUUGUAUCCCAUGAAUUGAAAUCAAUAUCUAGAAAGCGCUUCUCAUUUUAUUAUUAGAUUCUUUUUCAGUGUCUCUUAAUUACUGGGAACCAAACAGGGCAUUAGUGUUGAUACUGAGGUUGAAUGUUUUAUCACUCUGUAACGUUUGAAACAACAGUUGGAACUUGGAAGUCUCUUUCUACAUGGAAAUUAUCAUAUC